ACGGCCCUUAUCUCUGCCGUAGCUGCAGUACACGGGCGACAAUUCUGCAGAAGUCCUUACCUAAAAGACUGAAAUACAUGGUAAGUGCUGCGCUGCAUGUCGCCUGAACCAGUUGUACUUGAAGCCUGAUGUCAGUGAUGAAGGCUGGAGAAAGCCCCAUUACCACUGAUGUUGUGAUAACUUUACUUUACUGGCUUGGCCCAAGACAAGAGAAAACCUGGCAAGUACUUUCAGUGCCCGCCCAGUGCACAGACUACUCGGACACUCUGAUCUGUGCAAUUGAUCCACGUGACACAGUCCGGGCCAAGAUAAUUGGCAAGAAGUCUGCAAGAACUCUGUGACCAGUUGAUCCGAACACCGAAUCCCGGCCCGUGCAUACAGCCAGUGUGAUCGACCGACCUCGUACUUCGUACAUCCACCGUCUUGUUGUACACACGAAGAUACUGCAUUGACUGCACUGGGUAGGACGGUCGAUAGACAGACAUCGUUGCAAGUAGUGACGUGAUGACACUCGAACAGCAGCAUUGUCAGAUCAGCGUGGAAAAGCAUCGAGCCCAAUCCAAGUCAGGUCAGAUCUCCCUGUUUCCCCUUGUAGACAGUUUGUAGCUUGGAUGCUAGAAAAGUAGAUUGUUGGUUUAGCUCCCUCCACUGUUCUGUGCUUAUCGGAAAGAGUGCCACAAGGGGUCUCUACCAGCAAGUAACAGUUCAUCAGCCAGUCGUCGCCAACCCAAUCAACCCGAACCCUCAGCCUCGUGUACGUCGUGCAUCACACAUUUGUUUUUAGCAUUUUUUUAGAAAAUUCCCCUUUUCAUCAAAGAAAACUUACAAUGGAGCCAGAAGUAGUGGUAACUGAUGGUUCACCUAAGCAAGAUGAGAACCCAGAAACGUUCGGCAUGUGUGAUACCUUGGCAAAGGGUGCCAGCACAGCCAUCUCGAUCAAGUCAAGUCGAAACAAACAUGGUAAAGGAGGACGUAAAAUACCGCAAAUGGCUGUCUCCCCCAUGCGAGACGAGUCUAUGCAAAUGGCUGCUCUGGCCACUGCCAACGCUAAGCGAACAAGGCGACCACGCAAUGGGCCUAGGGACAUCCGCGGAAACCCGAAGAAAGAGGGAGGAGGUGGCAAGGGCACCUGGGGAAAGAUAACGGAUGUGCUGGACGGAAAGGCCGCUGCAGACAGCAAGGACCCAAACUACGACUCCAGCACUGAGGAUGAAAUUGUUAUUUCCGAGAGUUCUCCUGUGGUGGAUGAGGCGGACGUGGCAAGCAUUGUGCUGCCCCUCUUCAAGGAGUACUGCUCGCAUGGAAAGUCCGAGGACAUACGCGACUCGCUUGAGCAGUACAACUUCUGUGGCGUGGAGCCCCAGAUCAUUAUCUCUAUCAUCGAGUAUGCUUUGGAGCACACGUCCUACAUGCGCGAGCUGACAUCCAUCUUGAUCUCGGAUCUGUACGGUGUGACACUCUGCGUGGACGACUAUGUUUCAGCGUUCACCAAUCUCCUCGACAAUCUGGAGGAGCUGUGUUUGGACACACCGGACUGUGCCGUGGCGCUGGGCAAGUUCAUGGCGCGCUCCAUCGCGGACGAUUGUCUGCCACCGGCUUUCAUCAAGUCGUUCGACAUUGGCGAGCGUACCUGUGUCAAGGAGAGUAUUGAGCAUGCCAAUCUUCUGCUGGGAAUGUCGCACGGUCUGGUGCGACUUGACUCAGUGUGGGGGCCAGUCCUCGGUGGACUGCGGCCUGUCAAGACCCUGGAAAGGGAUAUGAAUAUCAUUCUCCAGGAAUACGUCUCCUCCGGCCAGCUGGAUGAGUGUGCGCGCUGUCUGAAGCAACUGAACGUCCCGCACUUCCAUCACGAGUUUGUGUACCUAGCCGUCAUGCUAGUCAUGGAGGGUGAUCAGCCGCAAGUGCACGAGAGCAUUGCCAAGUGCUUGAAGUACCUGUGCGAUCAGCAGUGCAUCACCCAGGCACAACUGGAAAGGGGCUUUGUGCGCGUCUUCGAGAACGUUGAGGACAUCCGUUUGGAUGUACCGUUCGUCUACUCAGUGCUGUCCAGUUUUGGAGCACGUUGCCAGAGCAGCGGUGUCAUCAGCAAGGACAUCUAUGACCAAAUCCCGACUAGGAACCGCCAACGUUUCAUCAGUGACAGCGAGGGUGACACCUACGUCGAGGAAGUUCCAGUCAUGGCGAAGUAGGUAGCUGGUCCAGCUUGGAGUAUCGGUGGCUGAAGGGCUGCUGAAUUCGUAUCCUGGAACCCAGACACCUACCAGUAGCUCUUGCCUUCCCUUGGUACAGAUCACAGCGAUUUGCCAAUAGUCUCAUUGGCAACUGAACCCGUGUUGUCUCUGCAUCCUGCAAGUGGCGUUUCUACUCGGGGCUUAGUUUGCAACGAUGUGUAGACUUCUGCUGAGUUGCGGGUGCAAGGUGUGCGCCGGUUGCAUGUCUUCCAUACUACUGUUGUGAGUAGUGUACCAUCACCACUGUUUGUCCAUAUUAUCCUUUCAUUCGAGUUACGGUCAUGAAUCAUGCAAAUGUGUGUGUGUGUGUGGUGUGUGUGUGGUGUGUGUGUGCGUGCGUGCUCUCGAGAGGGAGAUUGUGCAUGCGUGUUGUUUUUGUCGUUGUUGUUGACUUGGGUUAUACCAUUGAUGGUAGUGCGUGUUCGUUUCUAGCCUUGAUGAUUGUGAUUCAUCUCUCUGUUGUUGUUCUCCCUUUACUGUGCCAAAGAACCAGUGUUUCUUUGUUCAUUGUUCCUUUGUUGUUUUGAUUGUUUCGUCGAGACCAAAGUUGCACUCACGAGCCAGAGUACCUCCUUUCUAUCCUCUUUUAGCUGUGCUGUGUGCGUGCGGCCAGGCCGUUAAUUAGGAACUGGCACUUCUUUACUUUGUGAACUCUUCUCUUUUUUUUUUAUAAAGCUUUGCUUCUGUCCUUGCUACUAGCUCCCUCCUGGGGUGCAUAUGAUGGCAGGUCGUGUGACUCAUAACGCGCUUCUCUGCGGUGCUCUUUUAGGCUGGGUCUGAUGUAGGAGAUCCGCUCCACUUUCUUCUUUCGUUGUCCCUUCUAAUUAAUUUCUUCUCCUUACUCCACAUACUAUACUUACCAUAUUGCACUAGUGAUAGUACUGUGCAUUUUUCCCAGGAGGUGCUAUGUCCGCCACAAUACCACCAUACCUUGAUACUGUAUAUGCAAGACCCUUUCUUAUCGCCUACGAGUUACUUUUCAACGUGCAGUUUUAUUCAAUGCAUUUGAGCUCAUUUCUGUCAACUCCACUUGUUUAGCUCAGAAGUCUUUCUUCCUCUCCUA